AUGGCCAGCUUUCUUCGCAGCAAGCAGGCAGGCAUCCAGGCCGACCUCUCGGCGAGCAUCCGGCCGGAGCUUCUGGCGCCCGACGACCAGGCUCGCUUCGGCAUCAACUCGCCCAUCAGCUGCCUCGGGUACGACCCCGUGCAGUCGCUGCUCGCCAUCGGCACCAGCUCAAGCAGGUUUGGCCCCGGCAAGAUCUACGUCUUCGGUCAACGUCGCGUGCAGAGGGUGCUCGAGCCGUCGCGGCCCACGUCCCUGCAGUGCCUGCAGUUCAGCGCGAAUCGCCUCAUCAGCCUUGACAUCAAGAAUGAGCUCGUCGUCUGGGACCUCGACACGGGCGCGCGCCUGGCUGCCCAAAUAAUCGCCGGCCGCGUCAUGGUCGUGGCCUCGGACCCCAUGCUCGACUGGGUCUUCCUCGGUCUCCAGAACGGCGACGUCAUGGCCUACGAUCUCGAUCGCAUGAGCCUCGCUCGCGCCUUUCGCCUGCCGAACUUUUGGGCCAGCCGCGGUCCCGAGGCGAGAGCGGCGACGCUCGUCUCCCUCUCGAUGCAUCCGCGGGACGCCGGCAAGCUGCUGAUCGGAUACACGCACGGCGCCGUCGUCUAUUCCUUCAAGCAGAGCCAGCCGGUCCACUUCCUCGAGUACACGCUGCGCCCCGGCGCCCCCGGCGGCAGAAGCACCGGCGUCGACACCCUGCGUCGACCGCGCUUGACCCACGCCGUCUGGCACCCCUCCGGCACCUUCAUCGUCACCGCUCACGACGACGGCAGCCUCGUCCUGUGGGACGCCAAGGAGGCCAAGAUGAUCACCGCUCGCACCUUGAGCGCGACGGCCGUCGAGCAGCCGGCCGCCAACUCGGCGAAGCCCACCUUCUCGGAGCCCUUCACCAAGAUCGCCUGGUGCUGCAAGGACAACAGCGACGACACGGGCCUGCUGGUGUCUGGCGGCCAGAGCCCCGACGCCUCCCCCAAGGGCAUGACUUUUAUCGAUCUCGGAUUGACGCCCACCUAUGCCACGUCCUCCUGGCACAUGCUCGCCGACUACUUCGCCGGCAAACGAGUCGUCACUCUCUCCCUGCCUCCGGGAACCUGUGCCCUCGACUUCCUGCUGCUCCCUCGAUCGUCACCGCACUUUGCCGGCGCUCAGGACCCGAUAGCCAUCGUCACCGCCCUGUCGUCGGGGGAGCUCAUCACCAUGAGCUUCCCGUCCGGAUACCCCAUCAGCCCGACGAACCAGCUCCAUCCCUCCACCUUCUUCGUCCACCCCUUCAUCACAAAGGUCAGCGUGUCGAGUCUCGAGCGGCCGAGGUGGCUCAGCAUGUUCGAGAAGAGAGACCAGGGUCCCCCGCUGCUCAAGGGCGGCGCCGAGGCGUCCAAGCCACGGAAACGAUUCGAGGAGAGGACAAUCAUUCAAGCGGCGCAUGCCGACAGCACCGUACGAAUCUGGGAUUCGGGCCACGCCGACGACAUUGAGAAUGAGCAGGUUCUGCAGGUCGACGUGGCGCGCGCGCUUGACCGCUUCGACGAUAUUGAAAUCACCGCCAUGAGCAUGUCCAGCAGCACCGGCGAGUUUGUCGUCGGAACGAAGACCGGCGAGGCCGUCGUGUAUCGCUGGGCGGCGAACCGUUUCUACGGCCGAGAGGAGCCGGCGAGCCUGGAUCCGAAUCCCAAGGGCCUGACGGACAUUGGCUCCCGAGCGGAGCCGACCCUGAAAGAGGGCCUGCAGCCGUUCGUGCUCUACGAAAUGAUGAUGGGCCCCAUCACCGCCGCUCAAGUGUCCAACGUCGGCUUUGUCGCCGUCGGUUCCGAGCUGGGCUUUCUGACCAUCCUAGAUCUUCGCGGGCCCAGCAUCAUCCUUCAGGCGCCCCUGACCGACUUUUUGAAGCAAGAGAAGCGAGGAUCCUUCCUCAAGAGCCACCACCGCUCAGGCUCGGGUUCCCUAAAGGAGUGGCCCGUGGUCAUGGAGUUUGGCGUCAUGACGCUCAACGACGACAAGUACUCGAGCAUCUGCUGCUUCGUCGGCACGAACCUCGGCAAGGUCAUCACCUUCAAGCUUCUCCCUGCCGCCGAAGGCGGCUACUCCGUCCAGGUCGCCGGUCUGGCUACUCUCGACGGUAGGGUCAUCUCCCUGUCGCCCAUCGUGGCGGAGACGGGGAAAUCUGCCGUGGCCACUGGCGCCGCCGUCGCCGGCCUGCGUGAAGGAAUCCGCGUCAGCGGUGCGCUCGUUGCCGUCACCCAGAAAGAGGUCCGCGUCUUUCGGCCGGCACACUCGAAGGGGGCUUCGAGGGAGUUUGAUGGCGCCAUGUGCGACGCCGCCAGCGUCGCUGAGCUGGAGCUUCUCGGUGUCGCCGUCGUCGCCCUCUUCGGAGAUCGCACCGUGAGGGCAUUUUCCAUACCGGGACUGAAAGAGAUCGGCAAGGCGGAACUUCCCAUGGUGGACGUGAGCCGCAACCCGUCGGCCGUCGUAACCCAGACGGGCGAUAUUUUCGCCUGGACUGGACCGAGCGAGCUGGCCGUCAUCCACGUCUGGGGCACGGGCAAGUCCCUGCAGCCGUCGCAGGAUACGCUGAUCAACCCGAAGCUAGUGUGCCCGCCGAGGCCUACCAUCUCCAACCUUCAAUGGAUUUCGGGCACCCAGUACUUGUCCCCGCUGGACCUUGAUCUCCUCGUGGGCGGGCCCGAUCGGCCACCGAGCAAGCGCAUGAUGGACGCGGCGGCGGCCGAGCAGCGUGCCGCCCGGGGAGGCGGCGCGGCUUCGGCGGCGGCCGUGGCCGGGGCGGCGGCGGCGGGCCAGGAGAGCUGGGGGCAGUACUUGUCGCGGCAGCUGAACGAGCGUACGGAGAAGCUGAACAGCAUAGGCGACGGCAUGGACAACCUGCAGCAGCAGAGUCAAGGGUGGGCGGACGACGUGAAUAAAUAUAUCAGCAAGCAGAAGCGAAACUUGGUCGUGGGAAGUCUUAAAAGCAAAUUCUUUUGA